CAUAUUUUGUGUUAUCUCGGCGACAAAGAUAAUAAAGUAUGAAAUUCUGGUCAUGGCUACUGUCCGUAUCGAGUCAAAGUAAUUUUAUAACAUUGAAUAGUGGACAUUUUGAAAAGCUACUCGAACAUGAAGUCACCCAAUUUACUUGUUUUAGUGAUUUUAUUUUUCGGAAUACCUUCAAAACUAUAUUCAUCUCCGACAUUAACUUCAAUUGAGUUGGACAAUGACCACAAUCGAUUGAAAUCAUCAAAUGAUACAUUAAUAUUUGCACACGUUCUAUAUCGUCACGGUGACAGAAAUAUCGCACAAACCUUUCCAAAUGACCGGUAUGCUAAUGAAAGCUAUUGGUUGGGUGGAUAUGGAGCACUAACAAACGAAGGAAAAUGGCAAGAGUACAAAUUGGGUCAAUAUUUUCGACGACGUUAUGGCAAACUCCUUGGCGAUAAAUAUUCACCAAAAAAAGUGUACAUUCAAUCCACAGAUACUGACCGAACGUUGAUGAGUGCGCUCGCAAAUUUGGCUGGUCUGUUUCCGCCGAACAAAGAGGAAAUUUGGAACGAUGACUUAUUGUGGCAACCAAUUCCGGUGCAUACAGUGCCAAGUACAUUGGACCAUGUGCUGUUGAGUUCAAGAGAAUGUCCAAGAUAUACCGUUGCCUAUGAAAAUUAUCUUAAAAAUUCACCAGAAGUACAACGAAUUUAUACGGAAUAUGCCGAUAUCUUUUCAUAUUUAAGCAAAAUGAGCGGAGCAAAUAUUACAACAAUCACCGACGUAUACUGGCUAUACAAUACACUCGAAAUUGAGAGAUAUCAAAAUAAAACUUUAGAUGAUUGGGCACAAAAUGCAAUUGAACCAAAUGGCACGGUGGAAUACAUUGCUACUUUUGACUAUAAAACAUAUACGGACACUCCGAUAACCGCCCGACUCAAAUCGGGAUUUUUAUUGAAAGAAAUGUUGGAGCGUUUUUCGCAAAAAAUCAAUUCGACAUUGCAACCAGAUCGAACGCUUCAUCUUUAUUCUUGUCAUGAUAUUACCAUCACUAAUCUAUUGAACGCUUUGGGAUUAUAUGAGUUACACAUCGCUCCGUAUGCGAGUAGUUUGCACAUUGAACUUUUCAAAACUAACGAAAAUCAACACUACGUUCAGAUCUUUUACAGAAGAUUCGAAGAAGAAGAACUUGUACCAAUGAAAAUACCGAAAUGUAGUGAAAAGUGCCUGUUGGAACAGUUUUACGUAAUAUAUGACGAAAUCAUUCCAGGUGACUUCGAUUCUGAGUGCCGCUUAUCGAAUCACAAGUUCUAUUUCAUAUUUGUUUUAUUAUUUAUUCACAUCGAUUUUUGCACUUGUUAUCACACCGAUGAAGGCACCGUGCAAAACAAUGAUCAGCUUAUAUUUGCACACAUUAUUUAUCGCCAUGGAAAUCGGUCACCAUUGAAAUCAUAUCUGAAUGAUCCAUAUAACAGCAAACUUUUUUGGCCAAAUGGUUUAAAUGGCCAGCUGACGCAGAAAGGGUUAAAAGCACACCUCGAGUUGGGCAAAUAUUUACGCAAACGAUACUACAAGCUGUUGGAUGAUGGCAAAUAUGAUGCAGAUAAAGUAUACAUUCGAUCGUCUGACUAUGAUCGGACCAUAUUGAGCGCAAAUGCAAAUUUACUCGGAUUCUUUCCAAUUGAAGAGCAUGAAGUAUGGACAGAUGAGCUUAGAUGGCGUCCAAUACCAAUACACACAGUCCCGAAGAAACUUGAUCAUAUUGUGGCAUCAGAGCGGCCAUGCGCUCAAUACAACAAAGCAUUCAAAGAAAUUUUCAAUUUGCCAGAGUAUUUAGCGUAUCGAAGUAAAGCCGAACGAUAUACCAAACUCAUAAUGGACAAUACGAAAACAAAAAAUGUCACUGAGGAAUUUUUUGUAUGGGACGCAUUAUACACCCAGUAUCUUGAAAAUUUGACAUUACCUUCGUGGACUGAAGAUAUGAUGAAUUCAGAUAGUACAAUGAGCAUUUUCAUUAGACAUUUAUUCAAAAUGCUUACACACACGACCGAGAUGAAAAAAUUAAAAUCUGGCUUUCUAUUAAAAGAGAUGUUAGAACGAUUUUCGGAGAAAGCUGAAGCAAAACUAAGCCCAGAUCGGAGAUUGUACAUCUACUCUGGUCACGAUAUAACAAUUUCGAAUUUAUUAAACGCCCUAAAUCUUUAUGAUUCUCACAUACCAUCUUAUGCAUCGUGUUUAUUUUUCGAAUUAUAUAAAUCUAACGAAGGUCGCAAAGAAAAUGUUUAUGUUCAAUUGUUUUACAAAAAUACGAGUGCGGAGGAUUUUCCGCCAUUAAACAUACCCGGCUGUGGAACAAAGUGUUCAUUAGAGGAAUUUCAUCGAUUAUUUCGAGAUGUUUUGCCAACUGAAGACUUUGAAACAGAAUGUAAUCUAACAUCGGAGCCAAACUCUAUACAGAAAAUUGAUCUGUUCCCUGCAAUUAUGUGUGCAAUCACAAUUGUGCUUUCUAUCCUAUUUGGUUGGUGGAGAUACACUUUAUGACUUGGAUUAGUUCACGGACAAGAUACAUAAACCUCGAUUCUAUUCGUUUUUUACUUUAUAGAGAUAAUUGAAGGCAAUAUAUGGAAAAGUCAAUAACUGAUCAUUUUCACUUUUAAAUUGGUAAACUUUAGCAAAUUUAAAGAUACAUUUUCAAGGUCAAGGUAGAUGAUAAGAAGAGAAGGAACAAACUAUUUUCGACAAGCAGAUGAAAAAGACUAUGAGAAACUCAGUGACAAAAUAAGGGCCGCGAUGGACUAUAAUGGUGAUUUUGAGUGUCAGAAUUAGCGCGCAAUCUGUAAAAAAAGUGAUACAUGUAUUCGGGUGAUUUUGAGUGUCAGAAUUAGCGCGCAAUCUGUAAAAAAAGUGAUACAUGUAUUCGCGUAGGUAUCGUCUUUGAAACAAUGCGAUUAUUUUGAAAAAAAAACUUUUUUAUUCGUUAUAAUAAAUAAUAUGACGUGCA